UCCCCACCAGGCAAGGCAGGAGGAGUUUGGCCGUGCUCCAGGGCUCUCGUGCGUGAAGGACGGAGGAGGAGGAAGAAGAGGAAGGCCACCACAGGUGUUGCCAUUGAGACACGCUGUGCAGGAUCCCUGCCACUCUUAUGAGCCUGCCAGCCACCACCAGCCCAAGAUGUCAGCCGGUGACAAGAACGGGGGCAGCCGCUCCAGCAGCAGCCGCCUGCAGAGCAAGAAGCCCCCGAACCUCUCCAUCGUCAUCCCCCCGCGGGAGGCAGAGGAGGAUGGCACCCGCAAGGAGCCCUCCAAGGUCCCCAUCUACCGAAAGAGCAAGAGCCUGCAGGAGCCCCGCUCGAAGGGCUGUGAGCACCAACCUGGCUUCCGCCGGCAGACUUCCCUGUCCCAGAGCAUCCGCAAGGGCACAGCACAGUGGUUUGGUGUCAGUGGCGACUGGGAGGGGAAGCGACAGCAAUGGCAACUCAAGAGCCUGCAGCACUGCAGCAUGAGAUACGGCAAGCUGAAGCCUGCCUACCGCGACAUGGAGCUGCCCAGCCAGGACGUGCCCUCCUUCCAAGGAACCGAGUCACCCAAGCCCGCCAAGAUGCCCAAGAUCGUGGACCCGCUGGCCAGGGGCCGUCCCUUCCGCCAUCCCGAUGAGACCGACCGUCCCAACACGCCCCACCACGUCCUGCCCCCCCUCACCCCUGGUGUUGUCUCCUUGGCAUCCUUCAACAGCAUCCGCUCCGGCUACGGCCGCCUGCCACGCAGGAAGAGGGAGUCUGUUGCCCACAUGAGCUUCAAGGCAGCUGCAGCCCUUCUCCGCGGACGCUCUGUCCUGGAGCCACUGGCUCCCAAGCAGAGGAGCAACAAGAGGAGCUUCGUGUACCCCAGCUUCAUGGACGAGGACAUGGUGGACCCUGUGGAUACCCUGGACUCGUCCUUCUUCAGUAAGAUGGACAUGCACGACGAGACGUACUCCAUGCCCGAUGAUGUCUUCGAGUCACCGCCUCUAUCAGCUACGUAUCUACGCAUGCACCUGGCAGGGGAGGAUGCCAGGGCGUCCCCCGAGGUGGAGCAGCCCACCCCGCGGGAGGGUGUCCGGCUCACUUCGGCCUCUGCCGACGCUGGCCUGGCUCCCCGGCGAGGCAGGCGCAUCGCUUCCAAAGUGAAGCACUUUGCCUUCGACCGCAAGAAACGCUACUACGGGCUGGGGGUGGUAGGGAAGUGGCUGAACAGGACGUACCGCCACAGCCUGAGCAGCAUCGUGCAGUCGCAGCUGGAGAUCACUGACAGCCACCGGCCGUAUUUCACAUACUGGAUCACCUUUGUCCACAUCCUCAUCACCUUGCUGGUCAUUGGCACCUACGGCAUCGCCCCCAUCGGCUUCACCCAGCACGUGACAACAGAGUUAGUGCUGAGGAACAAGGGCGUCUAUGAGAGCGUCAAGUACAUCCAGCAGGAAAACUUCUGGAUUGGGCCCAGCUCGAUCGACCUGAUCCACCUGGGAGCCAAGUUCUCCCCCUGCAUCCGGAAGGAUCGGCAAGUGGAGCGGCUCAUCCAGCGCGAGCGGGACCGGGAGCGCGGCUCUGGCUGCUGCGUCCAGAACGACAACUCAGGCUGCAUCCAGACGCUGCCGCAGGACUGUUCGGAGACGCUGGCGACGUUCAUCAAGUGGCCGGGCACGAAUGCGCCGGCCAUGGGCUUGGGAGAGAAGCGGACGUCGGGGGCCGUGUGUCACCAGGACCCCAGGACAUGUGAGGAGCCAGCAUCCAACCCACCCCACGUGUGGCCCGACGACAUCACCAAGUGGCCGAUCUGCACCUACGAGACCCAAACCAACCACACGGGCUUCGCCCACAUGGACUGCCAGAUCAAGGGCAGGCCCUGCUGCAUCGGCACCAAGGGCAGCUGUGAGAUCACGACGCGGGAGUACUGCGAGUUCAUGCACGGCUACUUCCAUGAGGAGGCAACACUCUGCUCGCAGGUGCACUGCCUGGACGAGGUCUGUGGCCUCCUGCCCUUCCUCAACCCCGAGGUCCCCGACCAGUUCUACCGCCUGUGGCUGUCCCUGUUCCUGCACGCUGGUAUCAUCCACUGCCUGGUGUCAGUGACAUUCCAGAUGACAGUGCUAAGGGACCUGGAGAAGCUGGCAGGCUGGCAUCGUAUCUCCAUCAUUUUCAUCCUCAGCGGCAUCACGGGCAAUCUGGCCAGCGCCAUCUUCCUGCCAUACAGGGCAGAGGUGGGCCCUGCUGGGUCCCAGUUCGGCUUGCUGGCCUGCCUCUUCGUGGAGCUCUUCCAGAGCUGGCAAGUGCUGGAGAAACCCUGGAAAGCCUUCCUCAACCUCUUCGGCAUUGUCCUCUUCCUCUUUGUCUGCGGCCUCUUGCCAUGGAUCGAUAACAUUGCUCACCUCUUCGGCUUCCUCAGUGGCCUCCUCCUCUCCUUUGCCUUCCUGCCCUACAUCACCUUCGGCACAGUGGACAAGUACCGCAAGCGAGCCAUGAUCAUCGUCUCCUUGCUGGUCUUUGUGGGGCUCUUCGCAUCGCUGGUGGUCUGGCUCUACGUCUACCCCGUGAACUGGCGCUGGGUGGAAUAUCUCACCUGCCUGCCCUUUACCAGCAAGUUCUGUGAGAAGUACGAGCUGGAGCAGGUCCUGCACUGACCCUGCCGGUGGGGACAGGGCUGGGAGAGGCGCAGGCAGUGAUGCUUUUGGGGUGGAUCUUCACCAGCCCGCAGGAGACGGUGGCUCCUCUGGGAAGGGGCAGAGACCCUGGGCACGGCUUCAUCCUCAGGGCUGGUGGGUUUUGGGCUCCCCCCUUUAAAUGCUGGGGAUGCGGUGGGGAGCAGGGCUGGAGCCAUCCUGUCCUGCACCCUUUGGGGCUGCUGUUUGGCACUGAAAAGCCAUAAUUAGUUUGAGGACUGACCCCGGCUGCUGCCUGCAUGGGGAAAGGGCCAAGGGAAGUGGGAUUUUGGUGCAUCCACAGCUGGUCUGGGCUCCUACCCCUGGGGCAAGGGGCUUCAAAAGCACCUGGGAAUGCAGCUACUAAGGUCUCCUGCCUGUGCCUCUGCCUGCCCAGGGCCCCAUCCUGCCUCAGUGCCUGCAGGCGCUGCAGCUCAUACUGUGAACACGACCCAUUUUUUUGCAGGGUCACUUUUUUUUAUCCACAGCUCUUUAGGCUGAGGGUUUCCCUCACUUUGAGAUCCCCAGGGUCUUUUCUGUGGCUCUGAUGUGUUCAGAGCUGGGCUUUGAAAGUAUUUUUCAGUCUGUCUCUCGCAUCUGAUGCUCCCCUGAGGAUUGGAAGGGGGCUUGUGCUUCCCCACCUGGGCUCCUCACUGGAUGGAGAGGCAGGACUCAGGGCGGGAGGGCUCCUUUUCCCCUUAUUCCAGUGAAAUUCCCUUUUUGGAAGCAGAGAGUGGCAUGUACUGCAUUUGUAGUGCCAUACUUGGAGGAAAACAUGGGAGAAAAACACCCUGGGGGGCUUGUGUGGCUGCUCCUGAAGCCCACAGACCCUUCAGGAAGCUGUUGGUGCUCCUGCCUUUCAUUUUUGCCUCGAGUUCCUGCUUAACCCCUUUCCCGUUUUCAAAGCAUAAGGACCUGGGUAAUCCUGGACAGACAGAGAAGUGCAGGGAUGGGGCAGUUGCCUUCCUCAUUCCCUGCCAGAGGCUAUACAUCGCCCACUUGCCCCCAGCCCUUGGCUGCUGCUCCCCAGCAUCUCCUCCUCCCUCCCUUUCCCCCACGGGCAUGAAGGCAGGUCCUUCUCGGGGUCCAGGUGACUCCUCUGGGCUGGUUUACAUGCAGGCUGGUGCUGGGCUGUCUCUCUCCUGGUACAUGUUGCUUUGGCAGGGGUGGGUCUCAGUGCUGUUAAAUGGGGGACGGUGUGAAUCCCCCAGCCGGGAUAUCCUGGCGUGAGUAUUCAAGGGCUGGGAGCUUGGCUCCCUCUCUCCACAACCGUUUUCCAGGUGACCCCAGGAGCUCUGUGGCACCUCCGUCUCUCCCUGCAUCCCUCCCUGCGUUCUCCUGCCACCACGGGACAGUUUUCAGCCCCUCUCUGUCCCUCUAGUGCUGCUCCAGCCAAAGACAGACACUUCACCUCAUAUGUGUCUUUUUGAUACUUUUUUUAAAAGCUGUGGGUUUUUUCCCCCCCUUAAUAAAUUUCUACCUGUAUUUAAUGAGAUGCACAAAGCCUUUUCUCCCUUCUCUGGUGCAGGGACAUGGCACUUUUAGGGAGUUCUGGUUGUUUAGGUGAUGGCUGGUGUGACAGGGAGAGAGGCAGAGAUGGGAACACCUGGGACCAGUGCUCUGAUGGGCAGGGCUGCUGUGUCCCCCAGUACCCCUCAAAGCCCUCCCUGGGAGGGGGACAGGGUUUGAAGGGCCUCGAGCAGGAAGGGAAGCCAAAUGCCUGGAGGAGAAAGAUCCCACAGAGCCUUCUGACCCUGCCCAAGAGCAGAGCCACCUCUGCCUGUGCCCUACCCUUCAUCCGAUGACCUGGGGCUGGAUUUUCCCCUUCUCCCCCGAAUCUGAGAUGCCCCAAGGGGCGUUGGAGGGCUCUCCUCAUGCCAGGUGGUGCCCUCCCUCCAGCUGUCCUGAUGAGGUGACGAUUGGAGCAGGACAGGAACACACACAGAUUGCGUAGAAAACCACCGCCGCCACAUCUUUAUUUGGUGCUUCACAACAGCCUGAGGUGUUUGCAGAAGGCUUGUCCUGGUCCAGUCCUGGGUCUGAGGGUGGGGGGGACUGGUUUGGACUGCACACACCCCCACCCCCACCCCCAAGGGAGGCUCUGCAAUAUGUGGCUGGGGGUGAUGGGGGACUGGGGGUGUGCUGCAAGGGGUCUGGAAAGAUGUCUGGGGGGGAGAAGGGGGCUGCUGGGACUGGUCUAGGGGGUGCUCAGGGAGGGCUUGGCUGUGGUGUGCUUCACUCGUGGUAGCAGGCA